GAAAUCAGCCGUAUUUUCCUUCGAAGCAAAUUUGCUACUUAUCACGCAAGAGAGAGAGAGAGACAGUGAGAGAGAGAGAGAUAUAGUGAGAGAUAGAGCAUACAUCUGAAAAGGAAUUAGGGUUUUAAACGGUUCAAACAGAUUGCUGUUUAUUGUUGUUUUGGGUGCAGAGAAAUUUAAUUGGCGUAUAAUAGAGAGGGUUUCGUAUUUGAUGGAUGAGAUCUGGGAGAGGGCAGUGGAGACAGCUUUAGACGGCCAAACGGACAACGCGGCGGCUCGAAGCCUAACCCUAGACGGCGCGGUGAAGUGCGUGCAGGGUCGUCUUCCUCCACCGAGUCUUUUAGAGAAGUUCGAGAACCUUCAGCACCUCUCCAUCGCUAAUAUAGGAGUCUCGACGCUUGAGCAGUUCCCUCGCCUUAGGAACCUUCAGAAGCUCAUACUCUCUGACAAUCGCAUCGCUGGCGGGCUCGAGUUCCUCGUUGAGGCUGGCCUCGACUCUCUUCGGGACCUUGACUUGUCGAACAAUCGCAUCCAAUAUAUUGAAGAUCUUGCGCCACUGGCUCAGUUGAAGCUCAUUUCUCUCGAUCUGUAUGAGUGUCCGGUCACCAGAGUGAAGGAUUAUCGAUCUAGGGUUUUUGGAUUGAUCAAAUCGUUGAAGUAUUUGGAUAAAAUGGACGCAGAGGAGAAUGAGAGGCCUGAAUCUGAUGAGGAGGAGGAUGAAGAAGAGGAUGAGGAGGAUGAUCCUGGGAGUGGUGAGAUUGAUGGAGAGGAGAGGCCUUACAGGUUGAAUAAUGGGCAUAGUGAAGGGGUUGAAGGGAUUGUUGAUGUGGAUGAGGAUGAGGAAAGUGAUGCAGAUGAGGAGGAGACGGAGACUGCAAGGCGGAUUAAUGGGCCAAACCAGAAUGGUUUUAGAGUAGCCGCUGUGGAGGGAAGAGAUGUUGGAGAUGAUGAGGAGGAGGGCGAUGAGGAGGAAAAUGAAUCUGGAGAGGAAAUUGAUGAGGAGGGAGAUGAUGAUGAUGUGGUGGAGGUCCAUGAGAUUGAGGAUAGCGAUGAUGAGGAGGAUGGGGUUGAAGAUGAUGACGAUGAUGAUGAAGAUGAUGACGAUGAUGACGAGGAUGAGGAAGAGGAAGUAGACAAUGAUGAGGCAGAAUUUGCAGAGCCAGAGAGUACAGGAAGGUUAACAAGCACGGAAGGGGAGAUUGAUGGCCAUGAUCAAGGAGAGGAUGAUGUAGAAGAGGAUGAUAAUGGGGAGACUGGAGAAGAAGAACAGGGUGUUGAUGAUGAUGAUGGAGAAUUUGAAGAUGAAGAAGAGGGUGAGGAAGAGGAUGAAGAAGAUUCUGGUGCGGGAUAUUUGGUUCAACCAGUGGGGCAGGCUGAAGUGCAUGAUGCUGGAGGUAGUGACAUGGAGCUAGGAAAUGAAGAAGAUGAUCAUGAAGGGGAGGAAGAAGUUGAGGAUGAUGAUGAAGUUCAGGUGUUGCCAUCAUCAUCAUCAUCACACCAUAAGAGAAAGAGGGACGAGGAUUUGGAUGAGGAUGAUAAUGGUGAAGAUGACGAGGAAGAUGAUGAUGUUGUUGAGUAUAACAAGUCAUCAAAGAAGCACCACUAGGCGCGCGACCUGCUAUCAAUCUGCUGAAUCAAAAAUGUUUUUGUUAAAUGGCUGCCUUGAAGCUUGGAAAUAGAGAAACUUGUUAGAUAGAUUGUUUGGUAGAUUUUGGCAAUGUUGAUGGAAAGGAAUUGUAUGUGUUGGGUGGAAUGAUGAUGUUAGUUCAAAAAGUUGUUAGUA